AUGGGAUAGAAUUAAUAAAAAUCCAUAAAGCUUGAAGCAUUUAAAAAAUAAUUAGUAAAAGAAAUAUCAGAAAAGAUCCCCAAGGAAUGUCAGAUACAAAAGCAUGGUUUGAAAGAAAUAAUCAAAUUAAUCCUCAACCAGAAAAAAUAUUUACAAAAUUUCGAGUACUUAAGCAGCGGUGCUUACGCCCUCGUCUUGAAGGCUAAAAAUAUUAAUAAAAAUCGUAUGGUUGCCCUUAAAUUUCUAACAUGUACAAGCAAAGAGGGUUUGAAAGGCAUCGAAUCUUUGAAAAAAGAAUAUGAAUUGCUUCAGAAAUUUAGCUAAUCUGAUUUUUUGGUAAAUGUCUAUGAUUGCUUCUAUCUAAUGGAACAAGAUGUAGAAGAGGAUAAAGAUGGUAAUGAAAAGAUCAUCGUAACAGAAGAGAAGUCCUUUUUUGUGAUGGAAAUGGAGCUUUGCGAACAAAAUCUGAAACAGCUUUUCGAUUAUUUAAGAAAGACAUAACUACCCUCUUAAGAAAUAAAGGAAGUAAUAGCUAUUCAAAUGUUAGAAGGAUUAAAUACCCUUCAUAUCAAAAAUAUCAUGCACAGAGACAUCAAACCUCACAAUUUCUUAGUUUGUCCUUCUCAAACUUAUGGAUUUACCAUAAAAAUCUGUGAUUUGGGAUUUGCAUCUGCAGUAACAAAAUCGAAAAGUUAUUACCUAUCAAAGAACGGAACUGAUACUUACUUUGCUCCAGAGGUAGAAAAAGGAUAAUCUAGAAUUUAGUCUGACCUCUUUUCUCUAGGACUAGUUUUACUUGAGUUAGAUAAUCUGAAUGUGCUUAAUGAAAAUUGGAUUGACUUUGAUAUAAAAGAAGAGAUUUAUUAAGGAAGUGGAAUAGCUUCGAAAUAUUAGAUUGAUAGAAAUUCUAAUAUUUAUAAAAUAGCCGAGAUUUGCUUAAAACCAAAUUAUUUAGAAAGGACAACUUCAGGAGACCUACUUUCUGAGCUUAUUAAGCUUCAUGGAAAACCACUAAAAUUCACACUAUCAUCUAUGAUAUUAGAAGAACAAAUUCCGUAGUAAGCAUAAUAAAUAUUCAAUAGAAUUAAUGAGCUUCAAAAAAAUAAACAAACUUAAUUUGAGAAGGAUGCACAAAUCUUACUUGAUAAUACAGAUUCAAGGAUAAAGAGGAAAGAUGCUAGUAAACAAUUUACAAAAGUAGAAAUACUAUCCAAGCUAUUAAAAAGUCUAUAUGAAGAUAAAAAAUAUGUAAAUAAUUUCCAAAUUCUUAAUUUUGGAAACUUUGGUAUGGUUUUAUCUACUAAAAAAGUUGAGUUCAACAACAAAGAAAUAGUAUUAAAAAUACAAAAGAUUGUUGAUGAACAAUAAAUUUAAAAUGAAAUUAGAAUAAUGUAAUAAUUAAAAGCACCUUUAGUUGUCUAGCUAUAUGACAAUUAUAUCAUAGAAAAAGCUACAGCACCUGAAAAAUAUGUAGUUUUUGAAUUAGAAAAGUGUUCAUGUUCACUUUAGGAGUAUCUAGAAAUAUAAGGAAAAGAAGGAGAGUUUAGUGAUGAAGAAAAAUUGAAUAUUGCAAUCCAAGUAAUUGACUCUGUCAAUUAUAUUCACUGCUUCAAUAUUAUUCAUAGAGAUAUUAAACCUGAAAAUUUUUUGGUUUGUUUGGAUGGCAAUGAACUUGAAGUCAAACUAUGCGAUUUUGGAUUAUCAACUUAACUUGAAAAGAAUUGUGAGUAGAUUGAAAUUUUAGAUAUGGUAGGAAAUUGGGCGUACAUGGCACCUGAAAUUUUAACUAAAAAUAAAGAUGAUUAAUAUAAGAUAUAUUCUAAAAAAUCGGAUUCUUAUUCAGUUGGUUUACUAUUAUGUUUGCUUGACAAUUACUUAAAUUUGAAAGAAAAUACAGGAUCUACUUUCAUGAAUAUGACUUUAAAUUAAUAUGAAGAGCCUUUCAAGAAAUAAAAAAUUAAUAUUAAGCAAGACACUGAAAUAUUUAAAUUUAUUAAACUAUUAGUUGUCUGGGAAAGAGUCAAAAGAGCUUCUCUUUCUAUUAUUGUUGAAUAAAAUUCAAAAAAAUUCAAAUCAAACUAAAAUGAUAUGAAAUAAAUUAUAUCAUAACAUUAUUUAGGUCCUAUAUAAAAUGUUGAGGCCUUAAACAUAGGAUCAGUAGGACCAUUAAUUUCUUAAAAUGAAAUUCCAAUUUAAAAUAUCAGUUAAAUAAAGAUAAAUCAUAUGAAGGAUUUGUAUAAAAUUACAAAAUUUCAAUUUGAAGUUGUCGAAAUAGAUUUAAAAUUUAAUAAUUUUGGUUCAGUGAGUGCAAAAGAUUUAGGCAAAGGAAUAGCAUAGUGCAAGAAUAUCACAACUUUGACGCUAAAUAUAAGUUAAAAUAAUAUUGGUGCAGAGGGUGCAAAAGAUUUAGGCAUAGGAAUAGCCUAGUGCAAGAAUAUCACAACUUUGACGAUAGAUUUAAAUGGGAAUAAAAUUUAUGCAGAGGGUGCAUAAUAUUUAGGAACAGGAAUAGCCCAGUGCAAGAAUAUCACAACUUUGAUGCUUUACUUAAGAACAAAUUAUAUUGGUGAUGAAGGUGCAAAAAUUUUAGGCACAGGAAUAGCCUAGUGCAAGAAUAUCACAACUUUAUUACUUUACUUAAGUGAAAAUAAAAUUGGUGUUGAAGGUGCAAAAUAUUUAGGCACAGAAAUAACCCAGUGCAAGAAUAUCACAACUUUGAUGCUAGAUUUAAAUGGGAAUACAAUUUGUGCAGAGGGUGCAAAAGAUUUAGGCAAAGCAAUAGCCUAGUGCAUCAAUAUCACAACUUUGACGCUUUACUUAUAUGAAAAUAAAAUUGGUGCAAAGGGUGCAAAAUAUUUAGGCAAAGGAAUAGCCCAGUGCAAGAAUAUCACAACUUUGACGCUUUACUUAAGUUGGAAUAAAAUUGGUGCUGAGGGUGCAAAAGAUUUAGGCAAAGGAAUAGCCUAGUGCAAGAAUAUCACAACUUUGACGCUAGAUUUAAAUGAAAAUAAAAUUGGUGCAGAGGGUGCAAAAGAUUUAGGCACAGGAAUAGCCUAGUGCAAGAAUAUCACAACUUUGAUGCUUGAUUUAAAGUAAAAAUUUAAUUUAUUGAUUGAUAAACUUAUAAUUGGUUAUUUUAAGCUUUUGACUUAGUUAUGA